GGAUCCAAACCGGGGCCCUCUGGCAUCCCAAGCCAGCUCUUAACCAAUGCGCCACUCGGCCGGCCCUGAACAGUUUUAAAUAUGAAAGACAGCAGAUAUUAUUCACACGAGCCAUUCAUGAGGAUUUAAUGAGCUUCAGUCUAUUAAAUGAUGAUUACAGAAGCCUUAGCAUAAGGACUUGUGUUGUACACUGAAUAUAUUUAACUGCAGAACCAAGACCAGUGAUGGGCAAAGGUGACAAUCAUAUGUGAUUUCCAUGGGGCAAACAGACAGAACUGAGGAAUCUUGGGGAGCAGAAAUUGACUGGUCUAGAGGCUUGAUUAUAUAUAGAAGAUGGGGACUGAGAAUAAAGAAGGAGUCACAGAUAACUCCUAAAUUUCUGGACUGGGAAAAUGGAUGUAAGGCAAUACCAUUCGCUAUCCUAAGGACUACAAUAAAAAAUAAAAGACAGAUUUGAAGAGAAAGAUAAGUCAAGUGCUGGGCGUGUUAAAUAUGAACUGUUUGUGGAAUAUCAAGUGACUAUGUCUAGUUAGUAGCUGCGUACAUCUAGAUUUCAGGAGCAAGGGCAUGACUGGAUAUUAGGUUCAGGGGUCAUCAGCCAAGGAAUGUGUGAAAUGACCAGGAUGGUGUGUAACUUACCAUGCAAGCAGCAAGACCAAUAUCUGAAAAACAGCACCAAAAUAAACAUGUCCUCAGAAUUCAUAAGAAAUAAGAGCAUUGGCAAUUCCACUGAAUUUGGCCACAUUGAUAUUCUCUUGUAUUCCAUACCAGUUACUAAAAAUUUUCCACUUUAUUCAAAACACAGCAUUUAAAAACAAUAAAUAUGAAGAGUGAAUACAAACAAAAUAAGGCCUUUACCUACCCACUUUAGUUAUUUUUAUGGCAUAAAGAGUUGAUCAUAUUGCUGUGUGUUAGGCCUUGUACUCAAGUGACAAACUGCCAAGAGAGUAAAAAAAAAAAGACAUAAAAGGUGAAACUGCUACAAAAUUACACCAAUGGAGUAAAGUAUAUGCAUGUAUGAAAGACAAUGGGCUGUGUUAUGGGCUGAAUUGUGUUCCCCCAAAUUUAUAGUCCUUACACCCAAUACUUCAGAAUAUGACUAUAUUUGAAGAUAGCACUUUUAAAAAGGUAAUUAAUUGAAGUAAAAUGAGGUCAUGUGGGUGAGUCCUAAGGAUAUGGACUGAUGUCCUUAUAAGAAGAGGAGAUUUGGACACAGCAGACACAUAGGAAAGACCACGUGAAGACACCUGAGGAAGAUAGCCAUCUACAAGACAAGGAGAGAGGCCAGUCACACCUUUUAUGGCAGCCCUUGCAAAGUAAUCCUAGCUGGGUUAGGAUACUGUUAACUCUACCGCAGAAGUAUGAGGUCUCAUGAUAGAAAAGUGUAGCUUUUGAUAUGUGGUGAUUAUGCCUUAAAUAUUGCAAUGAUAAAAAAAUUUUAAAUAGUAAAUAUUUAUAAGGAAAAUAUUUACAAGGUAAAACUGAAGGGACACAGUAUUUGCAAUUAGAAAAGGACAGAUAUGGUUAAAGCAGUGUUAGUUUUGAGGAAAACCAAGAAGACAGAAUCCAACCAAGAUAUGUCCUAUUCUUGAAAUUAAAACUAAAAAGGGAAAUAAAUAAUCCAAAACCAAUCCAUCCAAGCAAGGAAAAGUAACAGAGACAACUCUGGAUAAUUCUCUAGAAUUAAAAGAAUUUAAAAAAAUAUUUCAGCUAACUAAAUCCUUGAUGAUUAACAAAGGAGAAAUAUUUUCAAGCAUCAAACAAAAAAAUAUUAGAAAGUAGGUAUUAAUGGAAUUCUGAUUGUUUACAAGUAUUUUUUAAAAUGAACAGGUAAUAACUACUAAAAAUUGCACACAUAUUACUUCUUGCUGUGCAUCUAGAGCUACAGAGGCCAUAGAUUUCAAGAGGAGAGGAAGGUGGCAGGGAAAGCUAUUCUCUAAGAGAGAGGGGCUCCCUGGGGCUGGGCCAGCCAAAAUUCAGGCAGAUCAGAGGGGGAAAUGCUAGAGUAAAAAUGCAUAAUUUUAUGGCAAGACUUAAUGUUUCUAAAAGUUUCUUAAGCAUUUCAAUGCCUUCUUAAAGUUUUUAAAAAUUUGUAUUUCACACCAAGUUGCACAAUUUAUCUUUUGAGACAUAUGAUGUCGUUUUUCUUUCAGUACAAAAGGGCCAAUUACUAAUGUCCUAGACUACAUCCCUUUCUUUUUAUAUUCCUUUAAGUGUGAUAAAGUGUUUCGGAAACACAUCUUCUUUGUCAGUAGAGCCAUUGUUAUUACCAAUAUAAAAAAGUCAAAGAGCUUUCCAACUGUUUAAGUGUUAAGACUUUGCAAAACAAAUUUAAACACUGCUGCAUAAUUUCCCUUUCUCCAGCAAAGUGUAUUAAACUUUGUUGACAGUGGAUACAAAAUAAAAUUCAAAAAUGUGCAUUUUCAGUACUUCUGGUUUCUUGACCUUUAUUUGAAUUUGAGACUAAGCUUUACCAAACAACAAAAUUUACACUGUAACUAGCCAACCACAGUCCUCAUUAUGGAAUCUAUGCAGUGCAUUUGUUACCUAGGAAACAGACCAGAGCACAGGCAGAGUGCAAUUUCAGCACAGCAAAAGAAUUCUCAAUCAUGCUGGUAAAUAAAGUCCAUAAAUCAACUAAUCAGAAGCUAAGUCAAGAAGUAUCAUGUAAGAGUUAAGCUUAACGGAAACUUUUAAAAAAAAUAAAAUAAAAUAAAACCUGUGGGUCUUCUGCCUGCAACUAUGCAGAUCUCUUAAAGUAAAUAUUAUGAACAGGUUUCUUUACAAACACAAACUGUCAGAAAAUAAGCUGUUCAAAAUAAAUGGCUUCUCUCCAAUCUUCAGUUUCUCUAUUUUUGACAGUAUUUAAGAGAAAAAGCUUCUUUAGAGCCAACCUCAUACAUCUGGUGGCAGAAUAUUAAUCCAAGAAUGAAGUCUACAUUUUCUGGCGAGCAGCAAGGAUUUGUGCUGUUCUUAAAGAAUGCAGGACCAUAAACGCUAUAAUGAGAGGUCACUGUCCACCCCUCUCACAGUCAAACCUGUUUCCCCAACAGGCUACAAAAAACUGCAUGGAAAAGAAGGACUGGAAACUCAUGGAUCUAUUAUAAAGAAUAAAACUGUUCUUUUCAGCUUUGUAUUUGGCUAUUACUAAAGAUAAUACUAGUCAUUUGAGGGUUCUAGGUAACUUAAAGUGGCCAUUUGAGUUUCCUUUAAUGGUACCACAUUGAUAACUACCAAACAGGAAAAGGCUAGAAAAGUCUAUAGAUUUUUAAGCCUAUCAAAUUUAACUGUGUACAGCUUAGUGUUGUUUAAAAAGAAACAAAAAAAUGAAACUGGUAAAUGUCAGUUUAUACUGCUGAGCUAUAUUUCAAACCCAACUUUUUGACUGCACAAAAUCAAAAUUUCUAAAAGUAGCAUUUAUUUGUUGUAAUAUCAAUAGCAGCAGAAAUAAAAAUGUCAACCAUGAAAAGUGAAAAAUAAUUUAUAUGCCUUCCUAAACAACAAUGUACCAGAAGGGAAAUCAGUUGAAAACAUGUAAGGGUCUCUGGAAUGCCUCUGAUUACACUAAAAUAUUAUUGUUAAUUAUGUAAAAAACAGAAAAUUAAUAUCUACUCAUUUAUUCAAGAAACAACAACAAAAAAUAGGUGUUAUCUUUCAGCCAGUCCACAUAAAGACACUACACUGCCAAUCCCAGAAAACUAUUAGACACAACUACAACUCUACCAAGCAAUUCUCAACACAGGCCACAACACUCUUACUGUUUAGUUUACACAGUGACCCUUUGUUAAACUUUAUCACUGACAGUCUUGUAAAUAAAUACAUAAACAAGCAAUUCAAUUUGUUAGCUUAUCUUUUUUAAUACUUCUAAGAGCUGAUGAAGAGUGUGUAUGUAAGAGCUGAAGCUCGAGGUCUGUUUUAGAACUCCAUUCCACCAUUCAGGAUAAAGCCUGAACCAAUUUCAAUACCUUGCCUCUUUGGGCCAUCCUUAAUGGAAAAGAGGAACCUUGCUCACCGGCCUUCCACCAACUGGCACUGAAGUCUGUGCCUUUGUGUAGGGUUUAAAUUCAUUUAUCUAAUCUAGACCAGAAGUCAGAACAGGAACUAAUAAAAUUUGAUCAACUCAAAAAGGUUAGCAUGACCACUGUUAAAUGUUACCUCUCCUAGGUUUUAAGUGUACAAAAAUGCACACUCCAGGCAUUUACUAAAUUAGGCAUACAAUAAUAAUCUGUCAAUGUAACUAGGACAUGAAUCUAGGAUAAAUUGUCUCCUAGAAAAAGACACUAUUUUAAGCAUACCUAUCUCCUUUUCAUAGUGACAAAAAUCAGCUUACCUAAUUAAAAACUGCAUUAAAUUGUAUAUUGUUUUCUGAUGAAUUUCUACAUCUUGAUGAAAAUUAUUAAAUAUUUUCCACCAUGUUUUCCCAUCAAGUUUGGAUAAAGCUUUUUAAAAUCUUUUUAAGAAAGUCUCCAUUUUCUACAAAUAGCUGUACAUAUAACUGGCCCCCAAGCAGUUAUAUGUUGGUAACUGUGAGAUUUAAGUUUGUCAAUAUGGAUUCUCACACAAUAGGCAAAAAUAAAUAAAACUCUCCAAAAGUGAGCAGCAGAUUGAGAUUAAUACAGAGACAAAUUUGUACCUGCAUUAAAAAUCUGAAUCUGUAAAAUUAAUUUUCCGGGUGCUCAUUCAACUUCAUUUAUUAUUUAAGUACCUGCAAAUAUAUAGCAAUCUUUUAUAAAAAACGUGACCAGGUAAAUAAUAUAAAUCAUAAAUAUCACCUACGGUACUUUUCAAAAUACUGUAUAUCCCCUAAUAUACAACCCAAUUGUUGGGUUACGUACAGACAAUACAUGAAUACAUAUAAAAAAAUAGGAAAAGGACAAUCACUGAGGUAAAUAUCAAUUCCAACAUUCACGUUCUCCUCACGUGUUGUGAAAGAUCUUCUAUAUCAAAAUGAGCAAAAAUAAAGGUUUCAGCCUGAACGGAAAGCUAGAUAAUUGUUUACUGCUAUCCAACUUAACCUCCACUAGGGAAGCAGUUCACCACUUGACUCGCUCGUUAACUGUUUAAUAGGUAGAAGAUUCUGCCAUGCUAAUUCUAAGGAGUCUGGGACAUAACAAAACUUUACCCCCAAACUUUAAAAUACACAUAUGUAAAAAUUUGUAAAAGUCACAUCCACGUUCAUCUUCUAUUUCUUGGCUUUAAGUCUCUAUCUUAAUCUUAAAAAGAAUAAAAAUGCAAAAGAGCCUUUCGAAAACCACAACCAUUCUCUGAUUUUGGUUUGAUUUUGAUUUGAUUUCGGUCAGCCCAACCUCCUUCUACCCAGGGAAAUACAUUUCUCGAUGUAUUUGAUAACAAACACAAAUCACUGUGCGCAGCCUCAGAUGGGGGCGGGGGGGCGGGGGAAGAGCCUUUCGGAGAAAGCCCUCCUCCGUUAGAAACAAUAAAUAAGGGACCGAAGCAAUGCACGUUCCUUCACACACGCCCCAAACGCACCUCAGCGUGCCUCCCGCGAAGGACACGAGUCCGGCAAAACCCUCAGCCGCCGCUCUCCCUCUCUCCACAACCAUCACAAGACUUGGAAACUAAGAGGGCAGAUCUUUUCUUUCUCCUUCCCGCCCUCCUUUCCCCCCUCAAACAGCCCCAAGAGCAGGAGCAGGCAAGCCGGACCCACGCAGCGCGCCUGCGGCCGCCGUGGCGACGGGGGAUGCUGGGCAGCGGGCCGGCCCCGGGGAGGCGGACCGGAGCGGGGGCCACGGGAGCUCGCUCGCGGAGCCCGUUCCGCCGCUUGGGGUCUCCGCCCCGCACGCCCCCAAGCCCGUCGCCGGCGGCGUCCCGCCGCCCUGGUCUCUGCCCUGACUCGGCCUUCCCACCCUCCCUCCCGCAGGAGACAAAAGGAGGGUUCAGCCGGGUCAUAGCGCGGCCGCCGAGGGGGAGACUGAGCGGACCCCAGCGCGGCCGCCCCCCACACAAAGGGACUCCUCGGGCCGGGUCGCCGUGUCGGCGCGCACGUCCCCGACCCGCGCGCGAGCUCUCACCCACCUGCAGCGCGCACGGAGCUCGCAGUUGUCGCUGCCCGGAGGAGGUGUGGACCGACCCUACUACACACACGCGCGCAGGAGCUUGGUCUCCGCACCCCGACAGGUGUGGAACCCACGAUCUCUGUCACCUUUAUACCCAGGCAUGUGCACGAACACAUCUGACGGACAGACGUACAACCCACAGUCACCGCAGCCUGGUGGAAAUUUCUAACUGCAAUACACGCAUCCUUUCCUUGGAAGGAGCGGGGCUGCUUAAAAACACCUAUAACGCUCUAAGACCGGGAAAGCAUACAAUAAAACCACCUACUCGGCAGGGCACCAGAGGCUGAAUAAAAAAAUCUUUGGGCCGGCACGGUGGCUCAG